GCGCCCCCUUUCCGGCCAUCUCCUUUCCGCGCGGCUCCCCCUCGCCUCGCGGCCCCCCGUCUUUUCCUGUCCGCGUGCCCUAAUUUCUCGCUGCGCCUUGUCCCCCCACCUGCUCACCUCGCCCCCGUCCCCUCCCCCUAUACAUACACACCUACACACGCUGGGGACUGGGCGAGCGAGCGUCCGCGCCGGCCGGCCGAGGGAAGGAAUCUUUCGGCUCACACCUCCCUAUCCCUGCCUCCCCCGGCCCUCUCCCUUCUCCUGCUCUGCUAGCUAGAGAGCCAGGUCCUUGGUCGUCGUCGUCUUCACCUCGCAAUUAUUUGGGCCCGGCAGGCUCCUCUUCCUUCCUUCUUCCAGGUGCUCCAGUCUCGACCAAGGACAGGAGGGAGGCCAAGAACUGAGCAAGGGAAGGAAUCGAAGGAUGGUGUAGCCGUGCCUCUCGCGCAUUAUGAGGUGUGGUGGUGCGGGAUGGGCGAUGGCCUGUGCAGAUGAAGGAGCGACAGCGCUGGCGGCCUGAGGAAGACGCCGUCCUGCGCGCGUACGUCCGGCAGCAUGGCCCGCGCGAGUGGCACCUGGUGUCGCAGCGCAUGAACGUGGCCCUCGACCGCGACGCCAAGUCCUGCCUCGAGCGCUGGAAGAACUACCUCCGGCCAGGGAUCAAGAAGGGCUCGCUCACCGACGAGGAGCAGCGCCUGGUGAUCCGCCUGCAGGCCAAGCACGGCAACAAGUGGAAGAAGAUCGCCGCCGAGGUGCCCGGGCGCACGGCCAAGCGCCUCGGCAAGUGGUGGGAGGUGUUCAAGGAGAAGCAGCAGCGGGAGCUCAGGGACAGCCGGCGGCCGCCGCCGGAGCCCAGCCCGGACCAGCGCGGGAGGUACGACUGGCUGCUCGAGAACUUCGCGGAGAAGCUCGUCGGCGAGAGGCCCCAGGUCGCUGCCGCGCCCCCGCCGCCGUCGCUGCUCAUGGCCGCGCCCGUGCUGCCGCCCUGGCUGUCGUCCAACGCCGGGGCCGCCACGAUCGUCACGCAGCAGCCGCCGCCCCCGCCCAGGCCGCCGUCGCCGUCCGUGACGCUCAGCCUCGCGUCCGCCGCGGUGGCGCCGCCCGGCCCGGCCCAGUGGAUGCCGGAGCGCGCCGCGGCGGAGGCGGCCGCGGCGGCGUACGGGUUCCCGAGCCCGCAGCACGCGCCCCCGCCGCCGAGCAUGGCGGUGGAGGGGCAGGCGCUGGCGGAGCUCGCCGAGUGCUGCCGCGAGCUGGACGAGGGGCAGCGCGCGUGGGCGGCGCACCGGCGCGAGGCGGCGUGGCGGCUGAAGCGCGUGGAGCAGCAGCUGGAGAUGGAGCGCGAGAUGCGGCGGCGCGAGGUGUGGGAGGAGUACGAGGCCAAGAUGCGCACCAUGCGGCUGGAGCAAGCGGCCGCCGCGGAGCGCGUCGAGCGGGAGCACCGGGAGAAGGUGGCCGAGCUCCGCCGCGACGCGCAGCUCAAGGAGGAGAAGAUGGCCGAGCAGUGGGCCGCCAAGCACGCCCGCGUCGCCAAGUUCCUCGAGCAGGUCGGCUGCUCCCGGCCAUGGUCCUCCGCAACCGACAUGAACUGAGCCGAACUGAACUCGACACGCGCUGACCACCACUGGCCGCCAUCAUCGCACCGCCGCUCGACCUGCUACUCCGUUUGACAGUUUCUUACCUUCUUCGACGCGACACGUAAAACCAACAGCAAUCAGAGGACGACGCCAUGAAUCUCCUUCUGUUGUUUUUGUUUUCGCAACUGUUGUUAAGGUUCAAUUUCUCUCUUGUUGGUCAGAAAUUCAGAAUCCAGAAAUGCAUGUAAUGCUGCUGCUACGGUGCUACCUGUGUACUGUCAUUGUUUCUUCUCUCCAAGCAGCUUACAUUACAUCCUGUAAGUCAUGGAUCAUUUCAUGCCAA